AGUCGGCGUCGUGACGCAACCAGAGAGGCGUCGUUGCCGUAGUACGGCUAACAUAGGAAGCGACACGAGUUUCCAUUAGAAGCAGGUUGAAAUCCUCAGCUUCAUGACGCUUCUUACAGCGAAGGGGGAGUGUAGCGCAGUAAAAGCGUUCCCCCACGGUUAGAAACGCGUCGCUGCGUCUGUACGCCUUGGUAACUCUGUGGUGUAAUCGUUAUAUCUUUGCUAUCCGUUGUUUUCAGUUGCUUUAACGCGUAGAUUCCACAUAGUUAUAUUGUGUUUGUCAUUUGAAUACUGUUGAAGAAUAAUUGAAUAGACUUAUUAUUGUUGAAGAAUAGUUUUCCCUUAUUUCAACACACAUGUGUGGUGAAGCUGCGGUGGUAUUGUUGUCCCUUCAUAAAAACCAUUAUUUGAAAAUAGUAUAAAUGGGUAAAGGAGUUACAGGUGAUAGUCUGCUUCGUUGAAAGUGAGUUAUUAUGCUUGUGACACUAUCAUUCCACGCAACAUUUUGGAAGAGAUUAUGAGUGAAUUUAAUACGCGAGCGUGCAAUACUAUUUGAAAGAACGUGCAAUAUCUUUUUACCUUCGUCUUGUUAUACAUGGAAAAUGAAUGUCUGUAUUUUUGUAUUAAUACAGCCUUUGGCUUUUUUGAACCAGUGGCAAUUCUAGUUUGUGCUGAACCAGUAUUGUAUUCGAGUUUGUGAUAUGACAAACGACUAUAAUUAUCGUCGUAUAUUCAUAGUUUCAAAUUGAUAGUGUGAUUCAGAACAAACGAUUUGAUUCUAUUGCCAUAUCAUUAUCUUCUAUUAUGGUGAAUGUACUAUGAAGUGGGAAGAUGUGGAAAAAUAGCUAACGGAAUUCCGUAUGCCAACAACCAUAAAUGAAAUCCAGUUGAAUCACUUUUAUUCUUCUAGAAUGUGAAAGCUCGUGAUGGGCACAGUAUGAGGGCAGCUUUGAUCUGCCUAGCUACCAUACUCUCCAGCAUUCCACCAACUGCUAUAGAGAUGUGCGGCUGCCUGGAGCUGCGAGUGCCGAACCAAUACAAGGCGUUGUCGGGCGACCUGGUCGUCAGUCUGCACGGACUGGUCGACGCGGACCGUCCAGCGCGGGUCGAGCUACUAGAACAGGACGCGGGAGACGCCGGAGGCGACACGUUCCCGUUCACUGUGAUGGGAUCGGUGCCGGUGCCUGCGCCGGACAGGUUGCCGGAUCCCGCACCGGCCGCCGUCCGGGUCACGUUCCCAUGUGGAGUGGUGACGCGCGGUGGACGAUACAUGGUGCGCUUGCAACGGGAGCGGGCCGGCAACCGGACGGCAGCUGAUGAACAGAGUACUGAAGAGGGGCCACAUGCUAACGAGAUUGACAUGGUUGAGCUGGAGGUGAGAUGGCCAGGAGCCAGACUUGGCCUGGAGCCGCCAGCUGUGCCGACCUACCCGGAAGACCAGGUGACAGCCACCGUGCAGUUCGAGGAGACCGCCUGCCAUCCGGCCAUUGGCUCGCUGCUGCCUGAAACAUGGCUGCAACUCAUCUACUGCGGUCACUCCGUACACAGCUGCUCCAACUCCUCUCACAGACAGAUCGUCUACUCGGAACAAAUACGAGGCUACCCACGACUGAGAAUCAUGGAGCUGAAAUGUCAUCUGUUCGGGCUGGCUGGGCAUUACUCACUGGCGCUGCAGCCGAGAAUAGCGGCCAAAGGACUUCCUUUAGCCACCUCCCCCUUGCAUCACACGUUGAAGGCGGAGUGGAGCGAGAAAUUUGUGUUCAACGUGCACGCACGCAGCAUCUUCCCGUGCGACACGCACCAAGGCGGUGUUGCCGUGCUGUUCCAGUACCCACAAUGCAUCCUGGCGGCGGGCGAUCGUGUCCGCGUGUUUGGGCGGUUGCGUGCAGACGUCGCCUCGCUGCAGCCGCCAUCAACGUUGCACUAUGUCGCCGAGCAGCCCGUCACGCGCGGCCAACACGCGUUGCGCUUCGACUGCGAACUGUUCGCCGAAAAGUACGUCGAGUACUGUUUUGUCUACGUCAGCAAAGCGAUCACAGGCGCCGUCAGUGAUGUGCGCAUGGAUUGUGUGCCCACGUUGCCUGUGUUGGAAUCGGAAAGUGGUUCGUGGGGUUCAUGGAGUCCUUGGACACCUUGUACCACUUCUUGCAGUGGAGGGACCAGGAACCGUUAUAGGUUCUGUGACUCGCCGCCUCCUCGAUAUGGAGCCAAGUUUUGUCAGGGCAACUCUCUGGAAACGGAGAAGUGUGGUGUGGCAGUGAGCUGGGACUGCCUGUUCUACCAGGACAGCGGCGGACCGGAAGUGCCGGCCGACAGACCGGAAGUGGUGGCGGAAGUGGGCCCCGGCUGCCGGUGCGGCUGUGUCGUGCAUCUGGGCUCCGUCAAGCCACGUCGCCUCAUCGCCACCUCGUCGCAGAGCUGUCCCGGCAGGACUUUCUGGCUCAUACAGGCGGACAAAACGCACGUGGUUCGACUGUCGCUGGAGCAGUUUCGCCUGCCGUGCACGUCGCAGUGGGUGAAGAUCAGAGACGGCGACUCGCUGUCUUCCAACCUGUUGGCCCAGCUGGCGGGCUUGCCCCUCCUGCCCCACCACGUCGUCUCCACCGGCCCCUGUCUGCUGCUCGAGUUCUUCUCCGACUCAAAAAUGGCCGCCGGCGAAGAGUGCUGGGGCGGCUUUCUUGCGCAUGCACAACAAUUGGAUCCAAACGGUAGCGCUUUCGACGAUCGAGCACUUUCGGUGACAAGCUCGGCUAUUCCGAGUCCCCUGACGAGGCUGGCGGUCGUCCACAUUGCUAUCCUGGUGUUCCUGUCAUUUGUGUUCCUCAUAUCAGCAUGCCUGGGUGCGCAAUACAUCCACCGCUACAGGAAGUAUCAACUAGCGGCUGCAACUGAAGAGCUGGAAACUAUAACUGAUGCGUCAAGUGGAUCAAGAUCGAGUUUAGCUCCUUUAAGAAGCAGAGCUGCGUCCACUUCCACCGUCUUAUCAGAAGUUAUUUCAUUGAAGAGAUUCAAGAGAAGUCCAAAUCACCGUCAUACGCGCCUUAAUGAAGAAAUGGAAAAUGAAGAUGCCUCCUUACAGGAUUCAACUGAUUCACAAAAGGAGGAGGAGAAAGAGAACGAAGAACAUCCAAGAGGGAGUGGAAACUCGAAUGUGAUUCAUCUAUCGGUUAGUCCGAGUUCUACGGAAACAGAGGGCAGACCGACCACACUGGAUGUAACGCAUAAGAAAAUUGCCAGAGAGCAAACACCACGAGUUCAUAGGAAACAUCGCAAAUUCAAAUCUCCUGUGAGUCCAGUGGAUGAAGGGCCCGAGGAAGUGGAGAAUGAUCGAUUCAGUUCGGAGCCCACUCAAGCCCCUUCGUCUUGUUCUUCUGUGCGCAAAUUCGGUAACGGCCUGAGACCAAGCAUUAGUUCGAGUGUAUCUUCAUCACUCACAACUGCUACAUCCUCACCAGUCUCCAGUUUGAGAGGCAUCAAUCCGAAAGAAAGCAAAGAGAAGCGCAACUUGGCACGACUGCUUGCGGGAUCUGAAUUCAGUUUGGGACCAGACACAGACCUUGAGAUGGAUUACUAUGAUUACAAUGUUCAGAAUGCAAGCACUGUUCCCGGUUCAUAUAUAGGCAUGGACCCAGCCUUCUGUGUAUGGAUACCACCAUUCGCACCUGGCCAAUGGGAGAACAGCGAUGACGAAGAGGAAGACAGUCAAGAGGAAGAGGAAGAAGAAGAGGGCGAAAGAGGACAAGUUGACAAGCCACUAUCCAGCACGGAAAUGAAAGAGUUUUCCAGUAGUGAGAAAGUUGAUCAAGUGAGAAGGAAGAAAAAACGGAAAAUUCGAGUGAAAACGACGAAAUUUUUCAGAGAUGGAGAUGACGAAUCAGGAAGUAGAACACCAGUGAACGAGAGGAGUGAGGAAGAGAGGAAUAGUAGUACUAGGGGAUCCAGAAACAAACUCUCCCUGAGUACCAACAGUUUGAGUGCUUCUUAUGACAACAGAGCCGUGGUCUCGAAAACAGGCACCCUAACCUAUAAAAUGGUGGAUAGAAUAGAUCCGGAUUCGCCAGUGAAGGUUCACCAAGCUUACAGUGUGAGAGAGAAGGAGACAAAAGUUGAGAAGUCGCCAAGCAACAGUAGUGAGUAUUUCGAUCUGCUGGAGAAUGCUGAGGAUGGAGACAUCAAGUUCGCUGAUGAAGAUGAUGAUGACGAAAAUGGGCUAGUGGAUAAUAAUGUUUAUAAUAAAAGUAAGAUUGAAAUUGUUACCAGCAACAUUGAGGAGAGGGGGGUGAGGAAACGGACUAAUCUCAAAUGAUAGCAGAAAAAUUGUUAAGGUACAGUAGACAUUAGAAAGCAAGGUAUUGUUCACUAUUAUCCAGUUAUGAUUAUUGUGGUUACCAAUAACUUAUCCAUUUAUAUUUGAAUUUGUAUAAAUCAAGACAUCCUUUAACAAUAUUUUCCUCAAUUGUUUCGUGGGUUCACCAUUUAUUCUGUUGUUCAAGAUGUCUGUAACGAGUAGCAGUGAGGUGAAACCUACAAGUGAAGGUAUCCCAGUUGCCCAAAUGGAAUCCAAACGCAUAUUGUUAUCAAAAUGUAUUCGUUACCGUACUUAUCUAGUCAUCUGUAUUAUUUAAAAGUACUAUUAACAGAAAUAUUGAUGAAUUACUAGUUUAGCGGUGAAUAUUUCUUUGAAUGGUCACUCUUUAAUAAUGUGUUAGGUUACUGAAUCUGGCUACUGAAUCUUUCUCCUCUCUAAAGUUGGUUAUUAUGGGGAUGGUUAUUUGAGUUGAUUGAAAUAGUAUGAAAAUACAGUUCUUCACCAGAGCAUUGUUUUUUAAGCUCAUUUAUUAUCUGAUCUGAGCUGGCCUCGAGCAGCAAACCUUCCAACGGGAGAACUUUAAUUAGCUUAUGUAAUCUGAGCUAUCAGCUAAGCUCUGAAAACUGUUACCAAAUUCUCUGUAUUUAUAGCUCUGACAACUGCUACAAAAUUCUCUGUAUUUAUAAUUGAUUUCAAAUAAUAUUCGUUUAAAAUAAUUCUCAGAUUCUGGUUUUCAAUUGCAUUUUAUUAACUCUUGUUCACAGAUAAAAGAGACUAAUCAGUAAUAAAUAGUCAUAAUAAUAAUAAUUAAUUCAAGAACAUUAAUUAUUUUAUUAAUUUCAGAUGUAAUUUCAAAAGCAAAUAGCCUGUAUGAAAUUGGACUGCCGUUAGUAGUGUUGUUUGAUAUGUAGUGAACUGUACCGUGUUUUCUAAGAACCUUAAUUGAUGUAAAAACUAUGUACAAUAUAGAGUCAAUAUAUUUUGUUAGUAUUAACCCUUCUCACUGGAGUUUUUAGGGAUAGUAAUACAAAUGAGAGCAAAUAUUUGUGCCUUUCUGUGAAUCAUGCACAAUAUCAUACAUGUCAAACAUUCGUUUAAUUUCUUUAAAUUGGUUUUAUCUACACCAGUUUAUAUUAUAUGAUUUGUAAUAAUGUCAUCAUCGGUUUCCCUCAAAUAAAAUCAAUUUUCAAACUUUUUCGUGAGUGGAAAAUGUAUUAAGCUUGAGUGUUACGUCUCUCUAUUUAAAAACUUUCAUAGAUAUGGCAAAUGAUUAUUGAAAGAAAAACGCUUUUUAUAAGAAUUUUCCAGGAUAUUAACGAAUUUCAGUUUGUGGUUCUAAAAACUUGAGUUUUUAAAUCAAUCUGAUAAAUAUAUUCAACUUAUAAAAAUCACUUUAUAUCAUUUUCACAGGUUCAGACUUCAAAAGGGGGAUUCAAGUUUAAGGUUAUUGCAAAUCAUAGGCUAAUUAUUAUUAACCUUGAAGUGAAUAAUUUUCAUAACUGAAACACUAAUUCCAUCAUAUCUUCAAUGAAUAUACGGUAACAUAUGAAUACUAGUGAAAGGGUUAAUAUUUAAGAGCUGUAUCAUAUUUAUAUCAAAGUAAUAUUAGUAAAUAUAAACGAUAAAGUGAAUGUUGUAGUGAAUAUUUUUCAUAAGGAAAGUACUAGGGAUUUGUUAUCAUGAGUAAAGUUAACAAUAUGACACCCCAUAUAAAUAGGUUCCUUUGUAGCUGUUUAUUUGUAUACUGUGAUUUGACAAAGAAAUGUUCUUCAUUUGUCAAAUUGAGGAUGUGCAAUAUUUAUAAAUAGGUACUGUGUUGAAAUGCUUCUGAUUGUGUUGUAAACUGUCUAGUGCUUGCUAGCUUUUGCCCGGAAAAUUGUGGUAAAUACUUCACUAAUACUGUACAAUAUUUUUAAAUUUCAUACUCCCAAGGGAAUUGAAAUUCUUGGUAAAUCUAACGUUUGAAAAGUUUAUUUCUUGCAUUCAUAUUUCAGAUCUUGAUUUAUUAUCACCAGAAGAAUCAAAUUUCCCUACAUUUUUUAAUCAAUGCAUCCUGGAAACACAUAGGUAAUAAAUACACUGAGUGAUAUACUUACACAUUGGAAUGAUAUUCUAUUUAUUAUUUAUUUCUUCGGUAAGAUUCAAUGCUGCUCCACAAUGUAGCAUACCAUAUAAGUCACUUUAAAAUAUUGUAUUAUGAUAAAGUAGUUCAAAACUAAAUCAGUUCCCAUCAUUAGUUAUAUCAUGAAGUCUAAAAAAACAAUUGGAACACAGAAUUUUUCAAAGUUAGUAUUUGAUUGAGUAAUCCUGAAAAUUAAAUAUUCCAAUCACAAAUAACAUAAAUUUGAUCAUUUGACAUCGGACUUAAUAAUUUCAAGUGAAACAUUUUAAAGCGGAUUCAUAAAAUAAUACGGCAGUUGAAAAUGUAUUAUAUGCACUCUAAAAUAAUUAUCAAAUCAAGUUCUCAUGUGACUGAAUGGUUACCAUCAAUUGGACUGAAUAAAUUAAUAAUUUUCUUCGAAUAUUAUCACACUUUGAUUCUUAUUGUGAGUUGAUUUUAGAGCUUCUAUAUUAAGAAUGUUAUUCAUUGAUGUGUUGUUAGAAUACUUUAGUGCACUAUUCUCUUAGUUUUAAGAAUAUAUUCAUUAAUUAAAUAGAAAACUGAUACUUUAAUGUAUUAGGGAAUGUUUUGUUAAACUGUCUUGAAAAAUCAUAAUAUUCAAGUUCUCAAAACACUGAAGGAAUGUUUAAAAAAAAUGAACUUUUCAAGUUAGAUAAAAACCUAUGGUUCAUUCAUAGCACUGCAUUCAUUAUCAUAGGAUAAUCUAAUUGAGAUUUGUUUUAUCUAAUGAAUGUAAUACAAACUUCUGUUACCUUCCCUUUCAAGGCUGAAGUGGGCAUCUAUUACUUAAUACUAUAGCCUAAUUGAGUUGAUUAGACAUAAUGGUUGAAAUAGUCACUAUUCAAGAAAUAAUAAUCCAAUAAUGUUGUAAUUAUCCUGUUAUAGUUCUAUUGUUUGUUCUCACAAGAACUAGUAUACCAAUUAUUAAUACCAGUUGUUUUAUUUACAAUAGUGACAUAAUUCUGUAAUAUUCGACGUUGAUGGUAUGUUACAAAGCCAGACAGGUAUGUAACAAAGUCCGACUACCAGGGUUCAGACAAUGGACUUUGUCCAAAGCAACUGUUCAAUUCACGAAACAUUAAUUUAAGGCAGAAACCGUUCACAUUACUGUCCCUUAUCGUCUAUCGAGAGAUCCACUUAAGCAAUGUAAUGGCAGUAUUUGAUUUGCAUUAGUGUUGCUACCAUUUACAUCGAUGGAAUUUGUAUAAUUAAAGGUGAAUGAAUGAAGAUUCUUUAAUAUUUUUUUAAAGCUCCAACAUUAUUUUAAAAUAUACUCUACUGCAGUCACAUACACAUAGCAAGAUUACCUAUUAUGAGUGUUGUUUCACAACAAAUUUAAUUCACUAGUCACUUCUGAUUCUAAAAGAGCAAUCAGAAAAUGAAAUUUAGAAUCUUAUUUGGAAAAAUACACCAUUUUCUGACAGAAUAUGAAUAUCAUCUCUGAGAAACUGUAAAUAAUAAUAGGAAUUUUGUGAAGAACAUCGCGAUUUUUCAAGGAUUCGGAGAAAUUGCCACUGUUUGUGAAACCUAUUUUGUACAAUUUUAUAGCAUUGAAUAUAGUUCCAACUUUUAUAAAUCUAGUCAUAAAAAUGGAUUUGGUAAUGUAUAAGUGGGAUUGAAAUGAGAAUAAUAAAAGACUAUUAAUUUUAAGUGUUGUUUGAAUAAAUUAUUUCAAUUUGUUUGUGAA